AUGGACUUUACAAUUUUACAAUGGAAUGCGAGAUCGUUCACUGCGAACAAAAGUUAUAUUGAACAUACCGUAUCUGAAAUGGAUAUUUCUGUACUAGCGAUAUCAGAAACGUGGUUUCACAAUUAUAAACAUUAUACACUCAAGGGAUAUAGCACGGUAAGGCAAGACAGAAAUGAUGGCAAAGGAGGUGCGGCUUUAUUUAUUAAGCGUUCCGUGCCGUAUAAUACCAUCCAAAUCAAACUAGGAACCAUUGACCCAAACAAAUGUCAAAUUUGUGGGCUAAGUGUACGAUUAAAUAACUUGAAUUUAAAUAUAGUUUCCAUCUAUGUGAUUCCUAAAUAUUACAUCAAUAUUCACCAGUGGAAUGAAUUAUUAACUCAUCUACCCAAACCAGUUAUAAUAUGCGGGGAUUUUAAUUCGCAUCACAUGUCUUGGGGUUGCAACUUCAUCGACAAGUAUGGUACUAACCUGAUAGAUGCUAUCGAUAUCAAUAACUUAGUUAUUUUAAAUAAUGGUAAUCCAACCUUGAGAUUCAAAAAUAACUUAACAGCAGUUGACAUAUCAGUUUGCUCCCCGGAGUUAGCUCAUAGAAUAGAUUGGGAGGUGUCCGAUGACACGCUUGGAUCGGACCAUUAUGCAAUAAUUUUAAGACUGAAGAACUGUGUUGUUCCAUAUAGAUCGGUAUCAGGAUGGAAUUGUAAAAAAGCUGAUUGGCGCAAAUAUGAAAUGUCUAUGGAACAGGAUAUGUUAGGAUUUGAAUCGAUUAAUGACAAAUCUGAUUAUGCUAGAUUUAUAAAUAUCAUUAACAAUGCCGCUGACAAAAGUAUUCCAAAAAAACAAAACAUUUCUAAAGGUGCAAGAAUAAAACCAGUCUGGUGGGAUGAGGAAUGUGAUCAGUUGGUAAAAGACCGGAGGCACGCCGAAAAAACAUAUCGGAAAAGUUCAACAUAUAUAAAUUUUGUUAUAUGCCAGAACUUGAAUUUGACUGUUAGAAAAAUCUUUAAGAAGAAAAAAAAGGACAGUUGGGUCUCUUAUGUCUCCAGCAUAAAUCCAAGUACUUCCAGUAAAGAAGUAUUUGGGAUGAUUAAAAGGUUUAAAAAUAUGGCGGAGUCAACCACACACGAAAAUAUACUACCGAAAGUCGCUGAGAAAAUCAUUGAAUUCUAUUCGCCAGCAGGAGCUAAAUAUGAUAUUGAUAACAGGAGUCAUCAUUCAACCCAGCGCAACUGUGAAAUCUUAUUACAGCCGUUUUCUCUAUGGGAACUCAAUACGAUUCUCAGGAAUAAUAGUGAUACAGCACCUGCCAAAUUUAAGGAUCGAUUAAUUAAAAGAAGGUUGGAAUGGUGGGUAAAGAAAAAUGAUCUACUUCCUAAAAGCCAGUUCGGAUUUAGGAGAGGAAUGGGUGUAAAUGACAACUUGGCCAUCUUCAUAACAGAUUUAUGGUUAUCAAUAAAUAGAAAUAAUUAUAUGGUAUGUCUCUUCAGCGACAUCAAAAGAGCCUACGAUAAUGUAGUCCCAGGUAUAUUAUAUGACACCUUAUACAAAAUUGGAUUACCGAAGAAAUUUGUUAGAGCGAUAACAUCCACAGUGUUUGAAAGAGAUGUAUACUACAAAAUAAAUAAUCGAAUGAUCGGUCCACGAAAAAUGUAUAAAGGUCUUCCCCAAGGGGGCAUAUUAAGCCCGAUUUUAUAUGCAUUAUAUGUGCGGGAUAUUGAACAUAUUUGGGAACAAGGAACAAAAAUUCUUCAAUAUGCUGACGAUGUUUUAAUAUAUAUUGAAAAGACCAGCCUGCAGGAUGCAAUAGACACUAUGUCUCGAAACAUUGAAAACUUUGACAAAUGGCUGGUAUCAAAAGGCCUAGAGUUGUCGAGUGAAAAGAGCUCAAUAGGCAUUAUAACCAGACACAGGGACAUGGAUUUUCCGACAAGAGCAGGAUUAAUCAAAACGGAUGGACAAUCGUUUAUAAUCGAGCCAGCACAUGAUUCAGUGAAACGGGAGAACAGUGAUCGUGAAAAAAAACAUAUCAUAUAUAGUGCAGAAAAUAAUGAUAAAGAUGCCGAUUUGUGCAGAGUUAUGAGUAAGUUAUAA